CCAAUCAAAAGCCUGAACGAAUCUCACUCUCCACCUUAUAGAAGCAGUUUUCGUCUCUUCCUUCCUUUCACCUAGCUUCUCCUCUUAGUCUUGAUACAGAGUAAAAAAGCUUGAAACUUUGGGGCUAAAAAAGAUGGCGUCUUUGGGUGUGUCGGAAAUGCUUGGUACGCCCCUUAACUUCAGGGCAGUGUCAAGAUCGUCUGCUCCAUUGGCAUCAAGCCCGGCUACGUUCAAGACAGUUGCUCUGUUCUCCAAGAAAAAGCCAGCUCCUCCUCCUAAGAAGACCGUCUCUGUUGCGAACGACGAGCUCGCCAAGUGGUACGGUCCUGACAGGAGAAUAUUCUUGCCGGAUGGUCUUUUGGACAGAUCAGAGAUCCCAGAGUACUUAAACGGUGAAGUUGCUGGAGACUAUGGCUAUGACCCAUUUGGACUUGGAAAGAAGCCUGAGAACUUUGCUAAAUACCAAGCCUUUGAAUUGAUCCACGCGAGAUGGGCUAUGUUGGGAGCAGCUGGUUUCAUCAUCCCUGAAGCCUUAAACAAAUACGGUGCUAACUGUGGCCCUGAAGCUGUCUGGUUUAAGACUGGUGCUCUGCUUCUUGAUGGAAACACAUUGAACUAUUUCGGCAAGAACAUCCCAAUCAACCUUGUUCUCGCCGUAGUUGCUGAAGUUGUUCUCCUCGGUGGAGCCGAGUACUACAGAAUCACCAACGGAUUGGAUUUCGAAGACAAGCUUCACCCAGGAGGUCCAUUUGAUCCUCUGGGACUUGCUAAGGACCCUGAACAAGGAGCUCUUCUCAAGGUUAAAGAGAUCAAGAACGGGAGAUUAGCCAUGUUUGCGAUGCUUGGUUUCUUCAUCCAAGCUUACGUUACCGGAGAAGGUCCCGUUGAGAACCUUUCAAAGCAUCUAAGUGAUCCUUUUGGAAACAAUUUGCUUACCGUCAUCGCUGGAACCGCCGAGAGAGCUCCCACUCUCUAAGCCGUUUUCUAGUUUCAAAAGAGCUUCGAGAAGAUGCUUUGUACACUUUGUUUGAUGAGAAUUUCUAUUGACAUUGUGAAAAAAACUUCCAUCUGCAUCUUCUUGAUAUAUUUCCAAUGGUGCUGCUUUAUUAUGCUUCUAAGGAUAGUCAUCUAACAGUGCGUUUGCGUAUGCGGUUAAAUAUAUAGCUAUCCUUUGGUUUUAUAUAUGUAAGGGGGGAAAAAGUGCACAAAAAAUCAAUAUUAUUGAGCAA